AAAUUUCCUUUUCUUCGGCCUUCGAAUUCACAGAUUAAUCUGUGCUUCGAAUAUUUACGGAACGUACCACUUCGUUGACGUUGACAUAGAAUUGCUGUCGUUUUCACUUUUGAGGUUAAGUUGAUUCAGUCUAUGGUUUAUAGUAAACAAAUAAGGAACAUUAAAAUUUAGUUUCACAACAAUCUACAAUGAGUUCGUUUUCUGAAACAUCUUCUUCUAGUAGUGACGAAGAUAUUCGAUCUAGGCGGAAAGAUACAAGAGCUGUAGCAACCGCCAAAAAAUCUACCAGUGCAAUACAACCAUCAGCUUAUACGACUAGAAGACAAGCUGCCUUGGCUAAAGAUUCAAUGACGAAACGGCUUGAAGCGGAGAAAUUUCUAGGCAAUUUCAACCCAGAAACUAGCGCUAGAGAACGCAAGAAGCUCAACAGAAAAAUAAAUCCACCGAGCAAUGUACGUAAGCCACCUGGUGCUUUGUAUGAUGAGAACGGAAUACAUAUAGCAAGUGGUAUGGAUCUCUGCGACUGUCUGAGUGAGGAAUGCCCUGGUUGUUUCUUUGAAUGCCUCAAGUGUAACUCUCAGAAGUGUGGCUUAGAAUGCAGGGUACAUAGGAAAUACAUGUAUGACCAAAUUGAAUUUCAUGGAUAUGAUACCGUCAUCAGAAAUCCCUUAUCGAGACAUUAAUACUGAAUCUCUAGUGAAGACUGGUUGGACUGUCGGAAAGCACAGUAUUGAUAUCUCCAUUUGUUUGGUUGAUAGUGAUGUUCUUGUGAUUCUUCGAGUUUGUUAGGUGAUGAAUUAAUAGUUAAGGAAAGAUUGAUUGAUUUUAUUGAGUUUGAAUGUUCCAUUAGUUUUACGAUGUGAAUAAAUGAUGUUUAUUCAAUCGA